AUGCCGGGCAGCCGGGACUUCAAACCCCCCCGGCACCCCCUUUCCCAGCUGGUGCCAAGGACCCACCUGGGCUCCUGGUGCUGGGAGAGACCCGCCAGGUCCCGGGCAGCUCCCCGGGGCACCCAGGAGCCGAGCAAGCGGGGUGCCAGCAGGCAGCGUGCACCGGGGCUGGGGCUCCCCCCUGCUGGCCCCCCCAUGGUGGGGGGCCUCCCUCCCACACCCAGCCCCACCUCCCGCCUGCGGCCGGGGCCGCCACCGAAACAGGCACCUGCCGCCCAGCCAGGCGGGCGAGUUCGGGAGCCGGCAGCACCUGCCCGGGCCUGGCGCCAGCCCCGGCCCAACGGCACCGAGCCACCCCGCCGGGACCUCGGGGUCCGUACACCCUCCGGAGACCUCCCCAAAACGACCCCGGGGAUGCCCAGUCCCGGGGGUCACUGGCUCAGCCUCCCCAGGGUGCGCAGGGCACGGGCACCUCUCCCGCCCCGCAGGGAGUCUUCCCGCACCACGCAGGGCGAGCUCCCAAAUCCUCCCCACGGCCCCGCUCCAGCCGCAAGCGCUCCCACCCCAGCGCCGGGCAGCGACGAGGCAGCCACGGCCCAGCUGCUGCCUGCGUGCGGGGGAUCCCGUGGCCGGACACGGCGGGAAGGCGGUGGGAAGGGGCAGGAUGCGGACGGGACAAUGCAGCUUCCUGCACAGGUGGCCGGGGGAGGAAGGACACGAGGAUGCCUUCGGCCUCAGCUCCGGCUCCCCAGCGCCGGGGAAGGGGACGAUGGCCCUCGCAGCCCUCGGCGGAGGGGACGCGGCCAGCGUGGCAGGGGCGAGGCAGAGCCCCUCGGCGGCUCCCAGCCUCGCCGAGGGCUCGCAGGCCGGGUUACACCCAGGAAGCUGCCCUGGUUCUCAGCACCACACGCCGGGUAA